GAUCAUUUGAGCCGCCGCACCACUAUUUAAUUUCUCAUCCAAAAAAACCUGCUUGUGCUUUCUUUUCAUCAGCAGCACAGGGGAGGCUCUCUCUGUCUCUCUGUCUCUCUCUCCUCUGAUUUUUUCUGUGUCUCUCUGAAUCUCUCUCUAUUAGAGAGCAAUCCAAAAUCCCUAGUCAGCAGCUUCUUGCAAAAUCCUUGAUUUGAAUUGCGACUGAAUUCUCAGCUAUCCAGUGUAGUUGAUUGACAGGUUGUGUACAGAUUCUCCAGGGGCGGCCAUGGUACUCUUUUCACAGACGGGGUCAUCAUACUGCAUCCGUACUGAGCUAUUUCGAUAUAAAUCUGGGAAAAAUGUGGUUUUCAGUAGGGCAAACAGUAUAGAUGCAUCCAAGUUGAAGGAAAAUUCCAUUGGCUUCUCUUCUCUAUUAUAUUCUUCUUCUAGUAAGGCACAGAUUUUGCAUAUAGCCAAUGCAGGAGUAGGACAGAAACGAGGGCAUAGUGUGAUAGUUGCUGCCAGUCCUCCAACAGAAGAUGCAGUAAUUGCUACUGAGCCACUGACAAAAGAGGAUCUUGUAGCGUAUCUUGCCUCUGGAUGCAAGUCUAAGGACAAAUGGAGAAUUGGCACAGAGCAUGAGAAAUUUGGUUUUGAACGAAAAACCUUACGUCCUAUAAAAUAUGAACAAAUAGCUGAGUUGCUUAAUGGAAUUUCUGAGAGAUAUGAUUGGGAAAAAGUUAUGGAAGGCGACAAAAUUAUUGGCCUCAAACAGGGUAAGCAAAGCAUAUCACUGGAACCUGGAGGUCAAUUUGAACUUAGUGGCGCACCUCUUGAGACUCUGCAUCAAACUUGUGCCGAAGUCAAUUCACACCUUUAUCAGGUCAAAGCACUUUCAGAGGAAAUGGGAAUCGGGUUUCUUGGAAUCGGUUUUCAGCCUAAAUGGGGACUUAAGGACAUACCUAUAAUGCCCAAGGGAAGAUAUGAUAUUAUGAGAAAUUACAUGCCAAAAGUUGGCACUCUUGGACUGGAUAUGAUGUUCAGAACUUGCACUGUACAGGUUAAUCUGGACUUCAGUUCUGAAGCAGACAUGAUAAGGAAAUUUCGUGCUGGUCUUGCUUUGCAGCCUAUAGCAACAGCUCUAUUCGCAAAUUCACCUUUCACUGAAGGAAAGCCAAAUGGUUUUCUAAGCAUGAGAAGCCAAAUUUGGACCGAUACGGAUAAUAAUCGUGCUGGCAUGCUUCCUUUUGUUUUUGAUGACUCUUUUGGGUUUGAGCAGUAUGUUGAUUAUGCUCUCGAUGUUCCCAUGUACUUUGUUUAUCGGCAAAAGAAGUAUAUCGAUUGCGCUGGAAUGAGCUUCCGGGACUUUUUGGCAGGGAAGCUUCCUUGCAUUCCGGGUGAAUUGCCAACCCUGAACGAUUGGGAGAAUCAUUUGACAACCAUAUUCCCUGAGGUCAGGCUAAAGAGAUACUUGGAGAUGAGGGGUGCUGAUGGAGGGCCUUGGAGGAGAUUAUGUGCUUUGCCCGCCUUUUGGGUAGGUAUAUUGUAUGAUGAGGUUUCCCUACAAAACGUAUUAGACCUUACAGCUGAUUGGACUCCUGAAGAAAGACAGUUGCUGAGAAAUAAGGUCCCCUUAACUGGUCUAAAGACACCAUUUAGGGAUGGAUUGCUCAAGCAUGUAGCUCAAGAUGUUGUAACGUUGGCAAAGGAUGGCCUGGAAAGGAGAGGUUUCAAAGAAACAGGAUUCUUGAAUGAGGUGGUGGAGUUGGUUAGAGCUGGUGUAACACCAGCUGAGAAGCUAUUGGAGUUGUACAAUGGGAAAUGGGGACAACAGAUAGACCCCGUUUUUGAAGAGCUACUCUACUGAGGCGUGAAGUGCAUCAACGGGGUCAUUUCGUGUUAUAACCUUUUCAAAUUUUCAGGUGUAACCCUAGUUUCUAUCUUAGCUGCUUUCAGUUUGUGCCUUUACACAGGAAUAAUUUGUGAUGUAAAUCUUAGGCAUGGAGUUUCACGUUUACUUUGGACCGAACAUAGUCGAAUCAUUGUCCCGGUUUAAUCUUGGAAGGUUAAAAAUAAUUCAAACUUGUUCAGAUGAA